CUUUAAUAUUCAAGUAGUUGUGUUAGUCACUCUACUACAGUAUACAGAAGAAUAUCACUGUUUAUCUUUAUAGAAUACAAAACAAAGACAUUACAGUAUGUUUAACACGUUUGCAUUUGAAGACCGGAGUCUAGUCCACAAUAUUCCAUAGCUUCAUUAAUCUGUUAAUACUAAAAAUGCCGCCACACCUUUUUUGCGUGAGUUUGUAUACACGUACUUGUGAAUAAGGAUUCAAAAUAUAAAACAAGGGUCCAAGGACUAGAAAAAGUAUCCGCUUACAAUCUGCAAGACAUUAUCUGCAGAUAAACAUAAGAAACAAGCUACGCAGCCGUUCCCCAAAGGAAGUACUUAAUCACAAAAACACAAUUUCCCCAGCUUUGCUAUACUCAUUUUGCAGCCGAAAUUAAUGAGGAAAAAUCCCAGCCUGUUCGAGUCGAGUCCCAGGCGCCGGUAAAUUCUUUUCCAUCGUGUGGCAAAUACGGGCAGAUCUGCCUGGCAAGAAGACGCAAAGGAAAUGGGGCUCCAACCGCUUGUCAGCCGGCGAGAACAAGCCUGCCCGGUCGGCGGAAGCCCUCAAAGAAAUCAAAAAUGGCGGGAGAAGGCUGGAGGCGAGCGGGCCCGGCCUCCAAUCAGUCCCUCGCUCCCUUCUCUCCGAAGAGGAAUCCCAGGCCCCGCCCUCCUCGCACCUGUUGCGCGCCGCCGGCAGCCAGUCUCAGCUACCCCUUGCUACCUUGCGCGACUGGUAGCGCCGCUAUUUGCUCGCUCCCUCCCUCCCUCCUUGCGGCUGCGCCCUCUCUUCCCGGCCUUGAAGCAACAGCAGCAGUAGCAACCUCGACGCCGCUGCCGCUUCCUCCUCUGUAACCACUCGGCCCGGCCUUGACGUCGUUUCCUUCCAACAUGGCGAGGACGGGAGGCUGCUGCUGUCGCCGCUGCCGCUGCUCUCGCUUCUACCGCUGCUGCUAAUGGGGGCUGAGGCAAGCGGGCAGCGUUGCGUUCUUGUGAGAGCCGGUUCGUCCCUCCUCAGCGUCGAGCAGGGCCCGCAGUAGCCACCCAGUCAGAGCCCGGAUUCAGUUCCGUUCAAGGAGGGAGACAAUUUCCCGGAAAGCCGCUUCAGGUCUCAGCCGGCGGAGCCCUGAGAGUCAACCCCGCUCAUACCCACUUUUCCCCUCACUUUCAGUGCGCCCUCAUGUAUGAGGGGAAGAAAACGAAGAACAUGUUCCUGACACGGGCUUUGGAGAAGAUCCUGGCCGACAAGGAGGUGAAGAAGGCGCACCAUUCCCAGCUGCGCAAAGCCUGUGAGGUGGCCUUAGAGGAAAUAAAAACAGAAACUGGAAAACAAAGUCCACCUCAUGGAGAAGCAAAACCUGGUUCAAGCACUCUUCCACCAGUGAAAUCAAAGACCAGUUUUAUUGAGGCAGACAAGUACUUCUUGCCAUUUGAAUUGGCAUGCCAAUCCAAGUGUCCCAGAAUUGUUAGUACAUCGUUAGAUUGUUUGCAGAAACUUAUAGCCUAUGGGCAUUUGACUGGUAAUGCUCCAGAUAGUACUGCUCCUGGGAAAAAAUUGAUUGAUAGAAUUAUUGAAACAAUAUGUGGCUGCUUCCAAGGUCCACAGACAGAUGAAGGUGUUCAACUACAAAUUAUAAAGGCUCUACUAACAGCAGUAACAUCUCAACACAUAGAGAUACAUGAAGGGACCGUGUUGCAAGCUGUAAGAACAUGCUACAAUAUCUACCUUGCAAGCAAGAAUCUCAUAAAUCAAACCACAGCCAAGGCCACUCUCACACAAAUGUUGAAUGUAAUAUUUGCACGUAUGGAAAACCAAGCACUUCAGGAAGCCAAGCAGAUGGAGAAAGAGAGACAUCGACAGCAGCAGCAUCUGCAGCAAUCUCCUUUAAGCCAUCAUGAGCCUGAAUCACCUCAAUUAAGGCAUCUUUCAGAGGAGACUGUUGAUCAGUUAUCCCAGGAUCAUGAAGGGGAUUUGGAGCAUCAUACAAAUGAUGUGGACAAAAGCCUUCAAGAAGAUACAGAAGGAGAAAAUGGGUCUGAUAUUUCCAGUGCAGAAAAUGAACAAACAGAAGCUGACCAAGCAACAGCAGAAACUCUAACUAAAAAUGAUGCAGGAUCAUAUGAUGGAGAAAAUAAUCAAUGUGAAGAAACAGCUCAGGAUGUUGUACAGACUAUAGUCCAGGAAAUGGUGAACAUAGUAGUAAGAGAUGUUGGUGAGAGAUCUGCUGAAAAGGUUCUGGUUGAUGGACCAAUAGGUACUUCAGAGGAUGGUAGUGAUAGUGAAAAUAUCCAGGCAAAUGGAAUUCCCGGGACACCUAUUUCUGUUGUUUAUACACCAUCGUUACCUGAUGACAGGUUAUCCGUCUCUUCCAAUGAUACUCAGGAAUCUGGAAAUUCUUCAGGACCUACACCUGGUGCUAAAUUUUCCCACAUUUUACAAAAGGAUGCCUUUCUAGUAUUCAGGUCACUGUGUAAACUCUCUAUGAAGCCUUUGUCAGAUGGACCACCUGACCCAAAGUCUCAUGAAUUGCGGUCAAAAAUCCUUUCAUUGCAGUUGCUUCUAUCUAUUUUGCAAAACGCAGGACCUGUUUUUAGGACAAAUGAAAUGUUUAUUAAUGCCAUUAAACAGUACCUUUGUGUAGCACUGUCUAAAAAUGGAGUCUCAUCUGUUCCAGAAGUAUUUGAACUUUCUCUUUCGAUAUUCCUGACUUUACUUUCAAAUUUUAAGACACACUUAAAGAUGCAGAUUGAGGUUUUCUUCAAAGAGAUUUUUCUGUAUAUUUUAGAAACCUCUACUAGCUCCUUUGAUCAUAAAUGGAUGGUUAUUCAAACACUGACACGGAUAUGCGCAGGUAAUGCCCAGAGUGUAGUAGACAUUUAUGUAAAUUAUGACUGUGAUUUAAAUGCUGCAAAUAUAUUUGAAAGACUAGUUAAUGAUCUAUCUAAAAUUGCUCAAGGAAGAGGCAGCCAAGAACUUGGCAUGACCAACAUUCAGGAACUAAGUUUGAGAAAGAAGGGUCUUGAAUGCUUAGUAUCAAUAUUGAAGUGCAUGGUGGAAUGGAGUAAGGAUCAAUAUGUAAAUCCCAACUCUCAAACAACAUUAGGACAGGAAAAACCCACUGAGCAAGAAAGUACUGAAACCAAACAUCCUGAGACAAUUAACAGAUAUGGGAGCUUAAAUUCUUUAGACUCUACAGCCUCCUCUGGAAUUGGUAGCUACAGCACUCAGAUGUCUGGUACAGACAAUCCAGAGCAAUUUGAGGUUCUAAAGCAGCAGAAAGAAAUAAUAGAACAAGGAAUAGAUUUAUUUAAUAAGAAGCCAAAGAGAGGAAUUCAGUAUCUACAAGAACAAGGGAUGCUUGGUAUUACUUCUGAAGAUAUUGCCCAGUUCUUGCAUCAAGAAGAAAGAUUAGACUCUACUCAAGUUGGAGAGUUCCUAGGAGACAAUGAUAAAUUUAAUAAGGAAGUUAUGUAUGCUUAUGUGGAUCAGCAUGACUUUUCUGCAAAGGAUUUUGUUUCUGCUCUGCGCAUGUUUUUGGAAGGCUUCCGUCUUCCAGGAGAGGCUCAGAAAAUUGAUAGAUUAAUGGAGAAAUUUGCUGCUAGAUACUUGGAGUGUAAUCAAGGGCAAACUCUCUUCGCUAGUGCAGACACUGCAUAUGUCUUGGCUUAUUCAAUUAUUAUGUUGACAACAGAUCUCCAUAGCCCACAGGUAAAGAAUAAAAUGACCAAAGAACAAUAUAUUAAAAUGAACAGAGGUAUCAAUGAUAGUAAGGAUCUCCCUGAAGAAUAUCUGUCAGCUAUCUAUAAUGAAAUAGCAGGAAAGAAGAUCUCAAUGAAGGAAACAAAAGAACUAACAAUACCCACUAAAACAAGUAAGCAAAGUGUAGCUAGUGAAAAGCAGAGACGACUACUUUAUAAUUUAGAAAUGGAGCAAAUGGCUAAAACAGCUAAAGCUUUGAUGGAAGCAGUGAGCCAUGUUCAAGCUCCUUUUACAAGUGCAACACACUUGGAACAUGUAAGACCCAUGUUCAAGUUAGCCUGGACACCAUUCUUAGCUGCUUUCAGUGUGGGUUUGCAAGAUUGUGAUGACACAGAAGUUGCCUCUCUUUGCCUGGAAGGCAUUCGAUGUGCAAUCAGGAUAGCAUGCAUUUUCAGUAUCCAGCUUGAGAGGGAUGCUUAUGUCCAAGCGCUAGCAAGAUUUACUUUACUUACUGUGAGUUCUGGUAUUACUGAAAUGAAGCAGAAGAAUAUUGACACAAUAAAAACACUCAUUACUGUGGCUCAUACUGAUGGAAAUUACUUGGGAAAUUCUUGGCAUGAGAUUUUGAAAUGCAUCAGUCAGCUUGAACUAGCGCAAUUAAUAGGUACUGGAGUAAAACCACGUUACAUAUCUGGGACCGUGAGAGGCCGAGAAGGUUCAUUUACAGGAACAAAGGAUCAGGCUCCUGAUGAAUUCGCAAGUCUGGGACUUGUUGGAGGAAACGUGGACUGGAAGCAGAUUGCAAGUAUUCAAGAAUCUAUUGGAGAAACUAGUUCACAGAGCGUUGUUGUUGCAGUGGACAGAAUAUUUACAGGAUCUACCAGACUAGAUGGAAAUGCUAUUGUGGAUUUUGUCAGAUGGCUUUGUGCUGUUUCUAUGGAUGAACUGUUGUCUGCAACUCAUCCCCGGAUGUUCAGCCUACAAAAGAUAGUAGAGAUUUCUUACUAUAACAUGGGACGAAUAAGGCUACAGUGGUCUAGAAUCUGGGAAGUUAUUGGAGAUCAUUUCAAUAAGGUUGGUUGUAAUCCCAAUGAAGAUGUAGCUAUUUUUGCCGUAGACUCCUUAAGGCAGUUAUCAAUGAAAUUCUUAGAAAAAGGGGAACUUGCUAAUUUCCGAUUUCAGAAGGAUUUCUUAAGACCAUUUGAACACAUCAUGAAGAGAAACAGAUCACCAACCAUUCGUGACAUGGUUGUCCGUUGCAUAGCCCAGAUGGUAAAUUCCCAAGCAGCAAAUAUACGCUCAGGCUGGAAGAAUAUUUUCUCAGUUUUUCAUUUGGCUGCAUCUGAUCAGGAUGAAAGUAUAGUGGAACUGGCAUUUCAGACUACUGGACACAUUGUCACAAUUGUAUUUGAGAAACAUUUCCCAGCAACCAUAGAUUCCUUCCAGGAUGCAGUGAAAUGCUUGUCUGAGUUUGCAUGCAAUGCAGCUUUUCCAGACACAAGUAUGGAAGCUAUUCGCCUUAUUCGCCAUUGUGCGAAAUACGUAUCAGAAAGGCCUCAGGCUUUCAGAGAAUAUACUAGUGAUGAUAUGAAUGUCGCUCCAGAAGACAGGGUCUGGGUGAGAGGCUGGUUUCCAAUUCUCUUUGAGCUGUCCUGUAUUAUCAAUAGAUGCAAAUUAGAUGUAAGAACCAGAGGUUUAACGGUUAUGUUUGAAAUAAUGAAAACAUAUGGUCACACAUACGAAAAGCAUUGGUGGCAGGAUUUGUUUCGGAUAGUCUUCCGAAUAUUUGACAAUAUGAAGUUGCCAGAACAGCAAACAGAGAAAGCAGAGUGGAUGACAACAACUUGCAAUCAUGCACUUUAUGCGAUUUGUGAUGUAUUCACACAGUAUUUAGAAGUACUUAGUGAUGUUCUUUUGGAUGAUAUAUUUGCUCAGCUGUAUUGGUGUGUUCAACAAGACAAUGAGCAACUAGCACGGUCUGGUACAAACUGUUUAGAGAAUGUUGUCAUUCUGAAUGGGGAGAAGUUUACCCUUGAAAUCUGGGAUAAGACUUGCAACUGUAUGUUGGAUAUCUUCAAAACCACUAUUCCCCAUGCGCUUUUAACUUGGCGACCAGUGGGGGGAGAUACUGCAUCUCCAUCUUCUGGAAGAGAGAAACAGUUGGAUGCCAUAUCACAAAAAUCUGUAGAUAUUCAUGAUUCUGUGCAAUCAAAAUCUUUAGAUAGACGUCAGUUUCAACCUAUUGUAGGGUUGCCUGCAAAUGAGGAGGUCAGCAAAAACAAGCCUACUGCAAAAUUUCCAGAUCAGAAACUGUUUGGUGCACUGUUAAUCAAAUGUGUAGUACAACUGGAACUUAUUCAAACAAUAGACAGCAUUGUAUUUUUCCCAGCAACCAGCAAAAAGGAAGAUGCAGAAAAUCUAGCUGCAGCACAGAGAGAUGCAGUAGAUUUUAAUGUUCAUGUGGACACACAAGAUCAAGGAAUGUAUCGUUUUUUAACAUCACAGCAACUUUUCAAACUGCUGGAUUGUUUAUUAGAAUCUCAUAAAUUUGCUAAGGCUUUCAACUCAAAUAAUGAGCAAAGAACUGCAUUGUGGAAAGCAGGUGAGUCUUUCUUGCCAAUUGUAAGGACUUUCAAUGAUGAAUAUUACAGAAAAAUACAGUAUAGAUAGUCUUCAGAUUAUGAUGGCAGUUGAGACCAGAAUUUCUGUUGCUACAUGAUGCAGUCGUAAAGUGCAAUGUCACAGGAUCACAUCGUUUAACGAUGGCAAUCCCACGGUCCCAGUUGCCAUGAUAACCCCAGGACCAUGCAGGUUGUUAAGUGGGAAGAGGUGGGAGUCCCAGGCAAGCAGGCCAGCAGGUAGGAACUACAGAGCACAGGCAGGUAAAAAAGUAGCAGGAAUGACUUCCAACUUCCUGCUGGCUUCCCC